UCAUUAUCGAUAACAAAGGCUGCAUAUUCAUGAAAUUUUUCAUGUGCGGUCCUCAAGCACCUUUUGCGAUUGAUAAUGUAUUCAAUAUUUGAUGUAAUAUUGCGCGAUGUGUUUGUAAAUUAAAACUCGCUUUGCAUGAACAGCGUCCGAUUUUGCUGCACCGUUGCUAUGGUGCGCAAAUUCAUGCUACAAGCCGACAGUGACAAACAUAUAUUUGAAGUGUAAAUGCAAACGCAAUAGAGCAAAAAGAAAGGAACAGAAAAGAUAUAUACAGACAAAACUAUUUAAUAAUAUGGAGGAUAUAGAAAUAGAAUAUCUUGAUGAGUACAAAGAUUUGGUGCUGCCAGGUAUCAAAACAAGCAGCGAAGGACGCGCAUCGAAUCAAGCGUUGAUGCGUUUGCCGCAACGCCGACGCAUUUCAUCAGACUCGAGCGGUUCUUCGUCAAUAGAUCCGGAUAUUUUUCAAAAACUAUUUGACGGCAAGUUUCUUGACGACGAGCUGCUCACUGAAAGUGGCACAAAUGAAAAAGGAAGAUUUCGGCGACGAUUAAGUUCUUCAUCGAGCGACUCCAACGAUGCUCUGGAUGCGUUGUAUAAUCGACAAAGCAGCCAAUUCAGGAACAAUAGACGCGAUCGCUUAGAAUCUUACGAUUCCAUAGAUGAUUUGGGUGAUGCGCUGAUGGGCCAAACACACAAGUCGCCGUCAAAGGCGGUUGACUUUGCGGCAUCAAAGAAGUCACUUAGUGACGGCUUGCAUAGAAGCACUGGCAACGCAAUCGGCAAGUCGAAGAGUGCUGACUAUAAGCUGCAGGCAAACAAAUACAAUUUGUCUGAUCAAUUAAAGCCACGGAGCAAGGCUGAUUUCUUCAAGCCCGGCAAUAGGCCCAACGGCAGCAGCAGCAGCAGUACCUCGUCCAACACUCAUCUGCUGCCCAACAAGAAGAAAGCUAUAACCAUUAUCAAAGCUAAGAAACCGACCCUGAAGCCGCCUAAGCACGAGCCAAAAGAGGAUCCACUGCAUUUGCAGGACUUCUCAGACGACUCGGACAGCGAUUCGUCUUAUGAAUAUGAAUCGGAUUUUUACGGCUAUGGCGAUUCAGAUGAUGAUGGCGAGGGCUCUAAGCAGGUUAUUGAUAUAUCGACAGAUAGCAGCACGGCUACAUCAUUGGCGGACACUGUGACACCUGUUGUUUCCGAAGACGAGAGCCUGCAGCAGCAGCAGCAGCAGCACAUGCCAUGCGGCGAUAAUGAGCGACUGCAAUUGUAUUUAAAUAAUCUAAGUAGUGCCGAAUCGCCACCCUCUAAACACAAAUACACAGCUAAUGCUAAGAAAUCGCGUUCCCAUGAAAAACAGUCUACGACUAAAGCGCAAACAGAUAACGAUCAGGUUAAUGAUUCCGUUGAUCAAGCGGUGGCAAAGGCUGAGCAGCAGCUUGACGGCCCCUCCAGCAGUACAGGCCAAGGGAAAAGCUGCAACGAGUCAGAAAAAACGUCUCGCGCCGAUUACGUAGACGUUAAUUUAACUUACGAAACCUUAGAGCGCUUAAGCCUCAGUCUCGCCGAGCAAAUCAUUAACAUUGAUGUAGAGCGCUCCAAGGAGUUCGAAAAACGUUCCGCUUCCAAGCCGCGCAGUACAUCUAUCCCUAAACUAGUGGACCCAACCAUUGGCUUAUCUUCCUCCAAAAGUCACGUUCGCAAGCUGACAUACUCUAGCGAGAAUUUAGAUAAGGUUGCACCAAAGAAAACCGAGCUGCGUCGGGCUAAAAGCGACAGCGCCUUUCCGAAGCGUAGGCGUCGUCAGCAGGCAAAGACCAGGGCCGCCACCACAGAGGAACAGAACAAUUGUGUGCCGCUGUCGCUGCCAACAAUAGCCAACGCUGAAAAAAUAGGGCAAGAAACGAAAAAUAGGAGUGAAAUAAACAAAGAAGAUCCCAAAAAGCCAGAAAAAAUAAAGCGCAAGCGUGGCAGACCGAGGAAGAAACAAAACAUUAGUAAGACAGAAGUAAAUGAUGCUGUCUCGAAGAAUCUGACUGAGCAACCUAGUGUAGUUCCGUCAGAAAAUGAAAAUAAAACUGUCAAAGUGAACGAAGACAUUAACUUGAAUUUAACAACCGACGAAUCGGCGUAUAAAACUCCUGAAAAGUCGAAAAGGGCACAACCGAAAGAAGAGUUACACACUCUAUGCGCUGCGUUAAAAAAGCUGGCGGAUGCAGACCUUAAAGCUCCAACCGAUGAAGCAGAAGCAAAUAAGACGAUAACUUAUUUAGACCCUGAGGACGCAGCGUUCUUUGAGCUUCAAGACAGAUUAAACGAUUCGAUCAAGAGCGCGUGCGGAGCAUUCUUGUCCCACAGUCCUGCUGAAAUAGCAGAAUUAACCCGGGAAAUUAAAGCAAAGGAUAACAUUUCCCGGAAGCAAGUCGUUGGGAAGAGACUGAUGGAUACGGAGCCAGAAAUUUAUAAAAGCCCACGGCUGAUCAGUGCUGGAAAGUGCCUUGGGGAAAACAGUGUUAGUCAGAGCAAGGCGCAAGGAAGUGCUGGGCAAUGCAUGGGGGAAGACGGUGUCAAUCAAGAACGUGCUUUUAAAAAUGCAAGUGCAAUUGUAAAAAUGGUUGCAAAUAAUUCUGAAAAUGCAGAUACUGAACAUAUGGAUAUUAAUAUGCGGGAUACAGCUGUCCAAGAAAGAACGGAUACGCCAGCCCUGGAAGAAAUGUCUUCUCAAAAAACACUCGAUUUUAAUGUUUCUAGAGAAAGAGGGAAGGAUAUUGAAGCAUCCGAUGGGAAUGUGGAUGAACAAAUAACCAGGGAAGAACCUGCAAAAAUCGAUGAACUAUCUGAACAGACGUUGCCUGGCAAAUCGUUGGAGACGAAUUCAGAAAAUGUAUCUGAAAAGGACAUAGGCACUGAAAAAUCUGAAGAAAGUAAAAAUACUUUGAUAGCUGAGAUAGACACGCCUGAAGAAGUAACUACUAAGGUUGAUUUGCAACAAAUUGACGAGGAAAUGGGUGAUGAUUCAGGUGAAAAACCUCUAAUGACAAACCCCAUUACAAAUAUCCCAGCUGAAAAGAACCAUUUAAAAGCAAAUAAGUCAGAUAAUCCGGAAAACACAAUGCAAACGCGACGCUCUGCAUUGGCCAAGGCUAGCCCUUGUCCAGGGAAUAUGUCUCUCGUAAUAUCGACAGGUCGGGAGAGUCGUAGCAGUAAGCGAUUGCUUAGAGGCGACAAUAACGCGGUAUUAAACACCGGAACACCGCAUCGCAAUACCCCAAGGCUCUUGGAAAAGUCACCAGCGGGCAGCGAUGCGUCUGUACCAUCGAAAGGAAACCGUAAAGAAAAAAAGGACAAAUCUAUCGGCGACUUGUUAGCCACAAGAACACCUCAAAAAUCAAAUGUAGACAAUAAUAUAGAAAGAAAAACUCGGAAAUCCAAACACGAGAUACCAAAGCAAGAGGAAUCCUUAAACGACAGGCCACUUCGCAGCUCAAAACCGUCUGAAACUACUGAAAACGAGAAAUCGGAAGCAAUUGAUAAAACUCACAAGAAACCGAAAGAAUCGCCGGCAAGAGCUCCUCAACCCAAUGAUAUUGAUAAUACACCAAAGGAAAGAAAAUCUCGCAGGUUAAAGCAUAGGUCAAAGAUCGAAAAAUCGCCAUCAAAACAGAUGGAAACGGAUGUAUCACAUACAGAAUCUUUACAUAAUCCAACGGCUUUGGCACCAGAAUCCAUCGAACAAGUAAAUAAUGAGGAUUCCUCAACAACGGCUGGGGUUCAAAGUGUAUCAUCAGCAUCUGCGAGUGAGGUUAAUAACACAAAGGAAACUGAUACUGAAAUUAGUUCGACGGAGGACAAAGUUAUUAAAUUAUCUGCAGGUGAUCAAUUUGCAACAGCCGUUGAAGCUGAAGCUGUUUUAGAGCUCGAACUACCUACAACAACGGACCUCAAUGAUAAGUUUAAGUCAACUUGUAGCGAGGACCAACCAAUUAUUCCAGAAAAUCCUCCUGUCUUGCUAAGUAAAGACGAAGCAACCUCUGAAGGACAAAAGGGUACAGAAGAAGCAGUCGCUUCCGACAUUGUUAACAGCCUAGAUGAGACAGCAAAGGGGAAACUUCGCGCAGGAUUAACUCGAGAAGUGAGAGAUCUUAUACAGGAGGCAAAAGAAUGGGAAGUGGAAUCAAUUGAAAGCCAUGGCCGAUCCACUCGAUCAAGAGUUGCAACUCCAGUUCCAUUAAAAGGGAGACGCGUUAGAUCACGGGAACCGAAGUCCGCAGAGCGCCCAGCUAAAGAUCAAAACAAAACCGCAGCAGACACAGAACCAACCUCAAGCGACAGCACAGUCAAGGAACUGCCAAAGAAAGGGCAGAAGGAAGCAAUCAAGAAAACCAAAAACGAUCCUUCUGAAAUAGUUAAUGAACCAGCAACGCCACUUAAAGCAGACACAAGUGCUCAGUCGGAAUUUGAUAAAACCAGCAGUGACUUUCAGGAAAUAAACGCAGAUGAACACAUAGAGAAACCUGCACCCAGAUUUGCAAAGCAGAAGCGCAGGGCAGCGAAAAAUAUUAACAAUCAAACAGACAUUGUAGAAACUGAACCAGCGCCCGCUAAUUCAGUUACGCCAAAGAUUGCACCGACCAAUGAUUCCAGCACACCAUUUCCAAGCACACCCAGCUCAAGCUCUUCAGGCAGUUCACGCCGUAAGCUGCGUAUUUUAUUGAGGAAGGUAGUGCCACGCUCCAAAAUUAAUUUUAGCCAGAAACUUGAAAACGUACAGGAGGGCGAUGAAAUUCUUAACUCGUCUUCGGAUCAGCAACCUGAAGAGAUCGCCUUGGAACAAAUUUCUGUGGACAAUCCACUCGAUAAUCGAGGAGAUUUGGUUGUUAAUGAAGAUUCAGUUGAUCAAGCUAUGGAUAACAUUGCUGACCCAUGCAUAGCGCACGCUCAAACCGAUAUGGCAGGCGAUGAGGCUGACACUAGUCAAAGUGGGCCGGGGCAGAAUUUGACGGAUCUACCCACCGGACAAGUUGAAGUCAACCUCGAAGGUGACUCAUUAGAACCUGAAACAGACCCAACGCAGACUGCAGUCAUCCAGAAAAUCGACGAGGCUGCAGACGAUACUUCAACUGGGAGCGAAGUGCCUAUUAGUGACCAGCAGACAAUUUCAACGGAGAAUGCUGAGAAGGAGCUGUGUCCGGAGCAGGAGUCUGCUGACCACGAUGUUCAUCGUGAGCAAACUCAGUCGGAGACAGCGAAUGAAGAGCCGCAACAGGAGGAAAAAACUGCUGACGAGGAUCAACCGCAAAAUGAGAUGGAAAUUGCUAAGGAACAACAGCAAACGGAAAACGAAGCUGCUGAAAAUAAUGAACAGCAACAUAAUAUGGAAAAUUCUCACGAAAAUCCGAAACCGGAGAAGGAUGCUUCUGACGACGGUCAACAGCAUUCAGAGGAGCAGCCAAAAGGAGAUAAUGAUAAUGAUAAUUCAUGUCAGACAGAAACAACAGGUGUCACGGGAAAUGUUGACGACGCCGGCGACGAUGAAGAGAGCUGCACAGAUUCCGUGAGCUCCAAUCGAAAGCUCAAAAAUCGCGAAAUGGAUGCCUCCCAGCCAGACGCAGCAGCCAAACGCAAGAAAACGCUACAGGCAAAGGAAUCGCACGCAAGCAAGGGAGCUAGUAACAUCACCGCUAUGGCACCGCCAGCUCCACCUAAAAGGGAGUUGUCUACUGGUAAAGCUGUGCUGCGACGUCUAGGAAAACCUCUGCAGACUGAUGUGCAGCCUACACAGAAGCGUCGGAAGCUCGCGAGCUCAACCGUAGAGCAUCAGGCCAAGGCUAGUGACAAGGAGCCAACUUCGUUACACAAAGCUAUAGAGGAGCUACGGGACGAGGCUAGGAAACAUAUGUUAGAUGCCAAAAAAUUGUUGGCACAAGAAGCCAUGCAAGGCGUGGUUUCGGGUCAAACGGCAACAAAGCUCAGCAAGAAGAAAGAAGUGAACAAGACGCCGCCAGUGAAAUCGAGUUUGUCAACGUUGCUAAGCGGCGAUGACUCAAUGUCGAUAGACAACUCGGUAAUAAUUACCAAAACUGCAAUAACAAGUACAACGGAACCCUUCAAGAAGGUGGAAACACCAUCAACUCCUGUCAGUGGUAUAAACAUCUCCGUCUCAUUGGUGCCUGACGGCAACAAGCUGGCGAGUUCACCUCCCAAAAAGACGUUAACUCAAGCCGAAACUGUAAGGAAGAUGAUGUUAAUGAAUACACCCUCAAAGACGGUGGAUGCGACGAAAGAACCUGCAAGUGUUUCCGAAAAGACCUUGGCACCUUUAGACUCUGGCAAAAAAUCAAAAACCCGUAAAGCGGAUGCCGGCGUAAGCACUACAGACAAGCGAGCGUCCCUACCUGCCAAAUUAUCCUUGCCACGAAAAACAGGGAAAACAACAGCUCCCAUUGAGGCUAUCAAGAAACCCAUAUCAAAGGUGGAAACUAGUGAAAAAUUGGAAACUGAACAGGCAACACAGCCAGCAGAAGCGGUCAUUAACACUAUCACCCCCAGAAAAUCAUUUCCACAGGCGAAAAAAUUGGAAGCAGUACUGGCAGCACCUGCAGCCAGUCCUAGCGUCGAGGAUAAGGAUAUUGGGGUGUCCGCAGCUACAGAAAAACUGUCUGAAGCGAAGCCCGCUAACAAAAUGGAAUUGCGAAAAGUCGCAAACAAAUCGUUUGGAAAAUCAAAGUCAAAGGAAUCGGUAACAGCAGUGGAACAACCGCCUAUUCCUUUAGCAACGAAUCCCACUUCGGACUCCCGCGACUCGUCCAAUGAGCGUACAAAGCGCUCUUCCCGCAUGACAAAGUUAUCGCUGACGAACUCAAAGACUUCGACACCGGUAACACGCGCCUGCAGUCAAAUACGCUCCACGACUGCCACGCCCACGAUUACGCCUACACAACAGCGCAAUGCCUCCAACGAGCGACAGCAGCUGACAUUGCCGCAACUGGUCGGACAGCUGCCGCCAAAGCCGCAACGUCAAUCCCGCAAGAGUCUCAAACUGGCCGCUGCUGAGCCUCAGCCGCCGCAGCCUCAGCCUCAGCCUCAGCCUGAGAUCCCUGAUCUGGCGCCAGUUCCGCCAUCGCGAAAACGCAAGCUCCCAGCUAAGCCCGUUACGGACGUAGCGAGUGUUAAGCGUCAAAAGGAGCUGCCAGUCAUACCGGACACAUCAAUUGCGUUCCCAGUGCGGAUUACAGCUGCUUCCACUGUCACUGACAAGGGCAGUGAAAAAGCGGUGCCUGUACCAGAAACGAUUACCAAAGCACCAGCGCCUUCAAUACCAUCGGAAAAGCCAAUGCAGAAACCCAAGGAGCUGCAACUGCCCUCACAGCCAUUACCACAGAAAACGCGAAAGUUGCGCGUGCGUCUGAAUCGGAACAUGAUUAAAAACUGGGUUUUGGGCUUGCAAGAAAUAGAGCCACCUCCAGAACCAGAUCAAGCACAGCCAAUAGAGCCGCCAACAGCUAUAGCUCCUAUUCCCGGAACAGCUGCAAUUCCACCGACGAAGGAAGCAGAGCCAGCCAUAACAAGAGCUCAGCCGGUUGCACAAACGCAACUGCUCAAGGCGCCGGUGGUAAGGUCCAUGCCCUUGCCAGUGCCGCUGCCAGUUCUGGAAGUAAAAGCGGAACAGGUAGAAGUGGAAGAACAGCAACAGAUCUUGCCCCCAGAGCAAACGGUGCAAAUGGAGGUUGAUGUGCCCGUUCCAACUCUCUCACAAGUUGCAGCCAAUAUUUCCUGCUCCGUGAACACCUGUGCGGCGGCUCCAACGCUUAUUUCGACGGCGCCGACAACGCAUGCGGAUAUUAACUGCAGCAGGAGCACCGCCAUCAGCAGCACAACCGCUAGCAGCACGACCAUCAGUAGCAACGCCACCAGCAGCACAAUUCCUUCAGCGAACAGCUUAAAUGAUCAGCACACGUUUGGUACAACGAAAAUGUUUUCGUUUUUGUAUCCAUCACGCUAUCAGCGCUCUUACGGCCAUGUGGGUCUUGACUUUUGCUGUCCAAACCUGGACGGGCCGAUGCAGGCCAUUGAUCCGACACGGCUGCACUCGAAAGUGGAGGUGCCGGUGCUGGAGCUGCCGCAGUACAUGGUCAUCUCGACAAAGAUCAUCUCGAAGCAGGACAAGAAUAUACCGCAAAAGGUGCGCGCCAAGCUCGAGCAGCUGGCGGCCAAGGAUGGGCUACCUUGUGUCAUCCAAACAACGGCGACAUCAACGACAGCUCCCAUAGCAACGUCCACUGCGACCUCAGCUACGCAAGUGCCCACUCCGCCAAGUACGAGCAACAUUGAUCCGCUGCCCAAGCAGCAGCAACCGCGUAACACGAACUUAACCAAAAAAGUGCAUCCGCCUAAUGCUGCUGCAGCUACACCGGGCACUUCAGUGCCAAGCUCACAAUCUGUGUCCAGCCUCGUUUCGGGAAUGCUGCAGCUGCCGUCCAUUUGCCCCACCGACAAGCUGCGAGUGGAGCUGCAGACACGCGUUCAGCUCUUUGAUGUUGUGCUGCAGAGUCUGGCCAGGCGAGCUAUUUCAAUGAGCGUGUCGGAGCGGCAGCAGGUCAUAGAGAGGAUUGUUAGGACAAGCACACUGCUACCGAUUGAUGUAGACGUGGGCACCAAGCUUCUGGAGAACUAUGUAUAUUAUGUAAAUGCCGUCACCAAUACCAUUUCUGCGCCCAUGCCACAAAUUCGUGCCGUUGUCAAGGCUGUUGCAUCAACGCCCAGCUCCACACCAGCCAGCACCAGUAACUCGGUGCUGGCUAAGGCAUUGAAUACAAGUCAUGCUUCGCCAGCGGCGGGGGUAAACACUCCACCAGUUGCAGCCGGUAGUCUGCGGCAGGCGGUAUCAGCGCCAAGUUACAAGCCUCCCGCCACCAGUCGGCCCAUUUACGAUAAGGACAAGAACAUUAUUGGUUAUCAGUACAAAACGCCCAAGUUAACAUUAGGCUCAACGCCAGUGCGUGCUCCAGCAGCGAGCAGCACGCCACGUGGAUCAACCGCGAAGGGCUCUCUGACAGCGGCAUCAGGAAUAGGCACACCAGUUGCAACCGUCAGUCAACAACAGCGUUCACGGAUCCAAAUGAAGCCAGCUGGAGGCAACAGCAAGGUUGCCGGAGCUAGUUCGGCGACAACACCAGUGGAAGCUGAAAUUGUCGCGAACAGAGUGGGGUCUGGCACCAUAAAUCCGUUUAAUCCAUCUCCAGCGCAGAAGACCUAUGCACGUUCCACAAAGAGCUCAGCAAAUUUGUCAAGAAACUUAGCGACGCCCGUCGGCGUGGUGAAUGGUGUACCUGUACUGGGAACGAAAGCGGCAUCUUCGCCUGCGUCAGCAGCGCCCGCCAUUGCGAGCAAAGAGGUGGGAUCUAAUCGUAAUCUGUUCAUCGUUAACCAGGUCCUCUCGCAGCCGGAGGAAUGCAUAUUGCCGGAUACGAUUCGGGCGACGGAUGCAGCUGCCGAGAUAAAGGGCGAGGUGGAGGAUGCGGAAAUAUUAACUUAAGCUAAAAAUAUUCAGUAAAUACAUAAUUAUAAACACAACAUUAAACUAUGAAAAGUAUUUUAAGUUACUUUACCAAAUGCACGAAACCUACAUUUCACACACACACACACACACACACAGAAAGCAUAUGUAAAACAUUUUUUGUGGGCUUCGUGAAAGAUUGUUGAAUUUCAGCUUUCCCAUUUACCAUAAUAUUUUUUAAAAUAAUAAAAUAACAAUUACUUAGUAACCGAAAGCAAGCAGGAAUGAAUUUGGUAGAUUUUUAAUCAAAUACAUUUCCUAAAAGAAUAGCACAUUAUAGGCUGCGUGUGUAUCUCUCUUUAUUGUGAGCAUAAAGCCAAAUAAAUGCGAUCAUAAGCUUAUAGUUGCUCUUGCAUAAUAAUUAAAA